UAUUUAUUUACCAGCUCCCGAAUUGUCGUGCCCGAAACAUCGCGCACCCAAACCGUCGUCACCGAACUCCCGAACUGUCGGUGCCAAACUCCCAAACGCGCUCCCGAAACGUCGGGCACCCAACUCGAAGUAGAGAUUGGUAAAAAGCUCGGGUUCGAGCUUCGUUGUUGCUAAAGUUGAAAGUACAAGGACUGACGGAGUCGUGAUAACACCAAGUGACUGACAGCCUAAAACAGGUGGCAGAAAUUGAAACUAUCACAUUUGUAUGUGAUGUUAUAAUUGAUAUGAAUCGAUUAGUGACAAGAUGUCACUCUAACUUUAGCCUAAGAAGACAUAUUACAUGUAGCGCUAUGAGUUCCGUGCCGAAAUUUCAAACUAAACACGAUCCUGGGAAAAAGGAAUUUUUCAUACAACUUAAAGAUGAUAAAGCUUUCCUACAAUAUGACUACAUCAACAAGAACAAGGUAGAUCUCUAUCACACAAUGGUACCUACCACUUACAGGGGCCAGGGAAUCGCUGGUGUUCUUGCAGAGACAGCCUUUAAAUACUUCAAGGAAAAUGGAAUGGAGAUGGAACUGACCUGUACCUACCUUCAGCACUAUGCUUCACAACAUCCGUCCACAUAACCAUCAAUGGACAUUGCUCUUCAGAAUUUAAAAACAGAAUUGAUAUCUUCAUAUAACACCAGGCAAAUUCUCCAACACCGAUUAAAAAGAAGAAAAUGACCAGACACUGUCUGUCCACCAUGAAUAAGAUAGAAAUGGUGUAGAAAUCUGAGGCAGUUGUAAUUUUUUAACACUUUAGUAUGAUUACUAAGAUAACUUUUCACUAGUCAUUUCAUCAUGUGUGAGCUAUAUUUUCACAGAUAUAUGAAUACCAGGCAUAUCAAAAAAUGCAUUUUUAAUAAUAAAAAAAAAAUCCAUUUUUAUGACAAUGUGUUAUACAUUGGAGAACUGUGUUUUGGGUUAAAAAUCAUGAUGAUUCAUUUUGUGUGGUGUUGUCCAGGUUUCUGUGGGUUUUUUUUGCGGUCCUACUAAACAGAGUACGUUAGAGUACUUUAGAGUACGCUGGUAAAAUUUCAUAAUUUAAUGCAAUUUAACUGCUGUUUGUAGGUGUUCUUACUUUAGUUUAACCUUAUAAAUAUAUAUCUGGAA